UCCUUCAGGAUGUAAUUAAUAGCAUUGCUUUUAGAUACGAUUGUCACUUCCAAUUGUAAAGCUGCUGAUACAACAAAGAGGGGGCUCCAGCCCUUCGGUAUUAACUAGGUCCCUAGCGAACAUAAUGGCAACUUCAGCCAUGCAGUUAGCUAUGUUAACUAGUGUUGUUUUUCCUUAUUUAAAACAAACUGGCUUCAGUAUCUGUAACUGGUGUUUUUACGUUAGAAAAUUCGUGCACAUUUUAUGUGGAAAUGUAUUGCUCUAUACAUUUUUGAAAUCGGGUAAUAUAUAGCUGUAUAAGUAAGAUCCUAAAAAAAUCGAAUAUAUUUGCAGAAUUCUGCUGUUCGUCCAGAACACGCAUUAUCUGGUUUAUGGAGUACGGAACUGAACAUAAUGCUAUUGUUUUGACAGCUUACUGGCUAGUUAAACUUGGCUGAUUUAUAAACGGAUGCAUUAUUGUUGUAGCUAAAUGCUUUUUUAAUAUUCUGUGCGUUGUUUCCUUUUGUUAUGUCAUUUUUUUGUCAAAUGUAUUACUGACUAAUUGCCACUGGAACUCAUACUCAUGUGUAUGGUUAUGUACUUAGCUUCUGCAGCAGCCUAUUUUAAACGUGAGGAAGAUGUAAUGCAGUGUUGCAACCCAACUUUAUUGCAGUCAAGUUCGCCAUAAGCUUGAAGCAUUUGGAAGCAUUCAGCCUUGUGUUUGGAAAAUACGGGCUUUUUCGAAGAUCUCAUUGACAGCAGUGCAUCAGUGGUUUGACAUUUGCAAAAUGUUGCACUGUAACUGUCUUUGGGCUAGUGUGUACAGUUCUCUUGUAAAGGUUUGAUUUACGGUUGAAAAGGUCGCAGAAAUGUUUGUGCUUCGGCUUUUGACUGGCACCAUUUAACCAACUUUAAUUAUAGAUAAUUAUUUCCAUGAAUGGCGUGACAGGGUAAUUUCUUCCAAUUAAUGCGAGUACAUGGUUUCGUGUAUUUGUUGUGACUUCUGAGGUUUUUCUGAUGAUCUAUGCCUUGCCUAUCUGCAUUAUGAACUAAUUAUAUAGCUUUUUCUUUCAUUUGAAAACAAGUAUUACAGGUAUGUCUAAUGAUUUCGAAAAGAUGCACAUGCAGGUUGAGAUUUACAUGCAUUAUUAAAUAAUGGGGUGUGUUUAAAUGCAGAUGUUGUGCGUUUGCGCAAAUGCUUUCCAGUCGUUCGUGCUAAUUUCUUUAGAAACCUCUCCUACAAACUCCAUUGAGAGGGUCGGCAAGGUAACAAAGGGGUGACGUCAUUCUGUAUAUCCGGCUUUGUGACCUCGUGUGCGGAAUCCCCGCCUCUUUCAUUCGGGCCUGGCUUACUGAUUGGUGGUUUUAUUCCCGACGACGCUUCCGGUUCGAUAAGGAGCCAAUCGGAAGCUGUUUAGGUGGAACUUCCGGGUCGGUGUUUUAAAAAAAAUGUGGGCUGAGUCUUUCGGCUGUGGGAGGAGUAAAGGGCUUCGGGUAGUGUGGCUGGAGCGGGGUAGGUCCACUGGCUGCGUUUCUUUUCGGGGUGGAUUUCUAAUGUGGCUGAGAUACUGAAAAACUGGAACCAUGUAUUUUUUUAAGCUAGAGGGUCACUGAUAAUUGCGCCCCUUUCUGGGAAGAGCCCCAAUGCAGCAUUCAUUUAAAGCAGUAACCUGGGUGUGACACCCGGCCGACCUCCAUGCAGCAUUAGUGCCGUGUGAAAUGCUGGUCUGUCUGCUGGGACCAGGUGACUUCUGCUCUCAGCUUCCCCCCCACACGCAGAUGAACACUGGACUUCAGAAAUGGGACACUACACAGAAGAUGAGAUCUGCACAGUAUCCAACCCCAGCAGAACUGGAUGCUUAUGCUAAGAAAGUCGCCAACAACCCGCUGACCAUAAAGAUCUUCCCCAACAGUGUCAAGGUUCCUCAGAGGAACCACGUCCGGCACACCGUCAACGGCCUGGACACGUCCGGUCAGCGCUACAGCCCCUAUCCCUGCCUGGCCAGUACGAAGGCGGGGCUUCUUGCCAUCGUCAAGCUGCCCGUCAAGGGAAUCCUGAAGGACAUCGACGGCAGUCGGGCUCGCCUGCUUCCAGAGAUCAUCAUGAACCACCCAGGGGGGCCCUAUGUCGCGGCAAGCACUUUAAACCCCCCCCAAACUGUCCCUGUGCCCCACCCGCAGGGUAUCUCACGAGCCCAGGCCUUACCACAGCAGAGUCUGCCCCACCCACAGCAGCAGCCGCAGCAGCCCCCCCCACAGGGCCUGCGGCACCCCCCCGGCAUGGCCCAGCCCCCCGGGCCACCGCACCCGCAGGGCCUUCCCCCCCGUGCUCAGACUCUCUGCCACGGCCCUGCCAGUGUCUUGCUGCAGCAGCAGCAACAGGCUCCGCCCCCCGGACUGCUGGGCAGCAGGAAGAUGGCCGACGCCGAUGCCCCGCCCAACGUGACCGUGUCUACCUCAACCAUUCCGCUCUCGAUGGCCGCCAGCCUGCACCAGAACCGGCCGGCUGACCUCAGCAGCAUCGUGCACCAGAUCAGCCAGUUCUGCCAGGCCCGUGCCGGCGGCAGCUCUACCUCGGUGUGCGAGGGGCAGAUCGCCAAUCCCAGCCCCAUCAGCCGCAACCUGCUCAUCAAUGCCAGCUCCCGGGUGUCCAUGCACAACCCGGGCCCCAACCUCCUGCCUUCCUGCGUGCUCGGCCCUGCCGACAAGGCCGCCGGCCCGGUCCCGCCGCCGGCCGGGGCGCCCCCCGGUGGGCCCACCAUGAAUCGCAUCCCGGUGUACCCCGCAGACCCCAAGCAGCAGCCGCAGCACAUGAGACCUUGGAGUCAGCACCCGCUGGGCCACCUGCAGCACGGCCCGGAGAGCGGCCCCGCGGCCCCCCCCGGCUUCCCCUGCAAGAGUCUCAGCUACGCGCCGGAGAUGUGCAUGGGUCAGCCCUACAGCCUGAAGCCCCCGGUGGACAAGCCCACCCCCUCCCCCCCUGUGAACGGGACCCCGGCUUCGGUGGCCUACACCAAUGGCUACUACUUUCAGCCCGCUUGGAGCAGCAUUCUGCCGACGCCGAACAGCGACAGCUCGGGCUCCCAGGACCUGGCCGUGCCGUUCCACGCUGCCCCCCCGGGGGCCCCUGUAGACUGUGUCCCGGGGGCACAUUACAGGGCCGGAGCUGGCUCCUCCAGCCAGACUAAUCUGAUGCAAACGGUGGAUUACAUGGGUGCGGACUUCCAGGCCCCAUGCUUCCGAGAUCAGAAUCUGGUCAUGAUGGGCAAGAUGCAGCGGCCCCCGGCGAGCCGGGGUCCCGAGGCGGGGGACAGCAGGAAUAGUCACAUUCAGCAUCCAGGGUACAGAUAAGCUUUAGCUUUAUCUCUGCUGUUAUUGAUCUCUUUUAGUCUUAAAUUAAAGGAAUUAAAUUAAUAAAUUAAGUAAAUGGCCACUAAACUUUAAAAAAAGAAUAUAUUUAAUAAAGAACAGUGUUUUUUUUUCCCUUUUGUUGAAGACCUUGCAAGUGAUCAAUUGAACUCUUUUAAAACAAGCGACUUUAGGGGAACACUCUCUCUUUUUAUGCUUUUCAAACGAUGCCAUUCCCUCAUUCUUUAUGUGUUUGGAGCUGACUUUUGCUCUUUCUUAUGUCACGUUCAGUCCUGUGACCUUUUUUUCCUUUUAGUUCUGUGUGUUUUUAGUUCAAACCUGAAUAAGUGUUUCCUCUUUUUAAAGCUAGAGAUUUGUUCUAGAUUAGCUGUAUGGACAGAGUGAUCUGCUCUGCUUUCCUGCUCUGUCCCUCUGAAAGCUCCUUCACGUCGUCUACUCAGACUACAGGCUCGCUCAGGUUCUUCUGCAGUUUUUUUUUUUUUGUCUUUUAAUUAGGGAUGUUGAUUUAAUUUUGGGGGACACGUAGGUGUCAUCUUUCAGCCAAGUGAGCAAAAGCGCCUUUUAUUUUGGGAUAUUUUUAUUUUUUAUAAUAGAUUGAAUUCAGUCCUGCUUUUCAAGUUGGUUCUCUGAAUUACUCUCUGAUUUUGGUAUCUAAACUUUAUAUUUAAUCUCAUGGGGAUCAGUAGAGGUGACCAGCCUACUUCUCAGAUGAAGGGAUCAGUUUGGCCGGGUGGUAUCUCUGGAGCCAAUGGCAUUUGGUGAUAUCAAAAAAAAAAGUCUAAAACAGCCAGAAUAUAAUCCCGGCGAUGAAGUCUAGUGCCAUGCUGCUAUUAUUGUCAUUUAAAUAAAGUUGGUCUUGACACAGCUGUAAUGUGACAGACCUUGCAGGCAGCCGAAUUGGGGGGGGGGGGGGGGUGGAAUUUAACAUGCAUCUUCUCAUCCAUUCAAGGAAAGGACUUGCCUGGUUGCUGCUGAUGCUGAGGAUUGUGUGUGUGAUGAGAGACAGAAAAUUGAUCACUUGCAAGUUUGCAAUUAAAAGUACUUUGAAAAUC